GCCUAACAGCUUAGGCGUACGUAUGAUGAAUCAUAUUUGUCAAUAUCAAAGCUGUCAAAGUUGCAUCAAAUUUCUAACCUGCAAUUCUGAUUUUUAAAUGUGAAAUUUGGAUACUUUCUGUUCCGGUAAAAUGGUGGUUUAUUUUGAAAGCACGGCCGUCUCACCGCCAGCUGUACUCUUUAUGGGUAUAGAUAAAAAUGAAAAUGAAGACUUGAUUAAAUGGGGAUGGCCGGAAGAUGUGUGGUUUCAUGUGGAUAAAGUUUCCUCCGCUCAUGUUUACUUGAGGUUACGACCCGGUCAAACGUUAGACGAUAUACCCUCAGCAGUCUUGGAAGAUGCGGCACAGCUAGUAAAAGCAAAUAGUAUUAUGGGCAACAAAAUGAAUGAUGUUGAUAUAGUGUAUACGAUGUGGUACAACUUGAAGAAAACACCCGCUAUGGAAGUGGGACAAGUAGGGUUUCACAAAGAAAAAGAAGUUAGGAAAAUUAGAGUAGCGAAAAGGAUCAAUGAUAUUGUGAAUAGGCUGAACAAGACGAAAAAGGAAGAGAACCCAGAUUUGAGAGCAGAGAGAGAAAAACGGGACAGGUUAGAAAGGGAAGACAAGAAAAAGGUUUUGAGGGAACAAAAGAAGAGAGAGGAAGAAGAGGAAAAACGAAAAAAAGAAGAAGCAGAGCUUCGAAGUUACAAUUCGUUGAUGAGUUCUGACAAUAUGUCCAAAUAUGAUGAUGGAAAUGAUUCGGAUGAUUUCAUGUAGCCGGUUCGAGUGAAAUGAGACACUGUAUUUUCAUGAUUCCAUUUUAUAUUGAGACUUUAAUUUAAUAUUUACAAUAAAUUGUUACACAAUUAAAAAGUUGAUAAAGUCAAAAAUGCCCUGUAAUUACUUCACUUAGUACUUCUUAAAUAAAUAAAAUCUUUUGGUCCUCAAUCCAAAAAUUGCGGGACCUACACCAUUUUACAAAAACGAA